AAAGACUCAGCUUGACGGAUCUGUCAAUGUGCCCGAGUGAGUAAACGAAAAACAGCAGCAUCAUUGCGUCCACUUUGCGGUUAUUCUGUAGAAUAUUUUUGUGAAUUUCAAUCAAAAAUGGAGGCUUCAAUUAAAGUGGCUCCCCAGAUGCCCAGCACCUUCAAAGAGUUUGCCGGUCAUGUUGCCCCACUGGACGAGAGCUGUGCGGCCCAGCUGCAGACCGUCCAUCCGCUGAAGCAGUCCGAGCUGAACUACGAACAGCACCGACAGAAUCUGAACUUCCAAAUGCUCCGCAAUCGGGAAGGGCUGGCGGCUCCGUUGAAGCUCACCAUGGAACUGAAAUCGGUGUCUCGCGUGGGUCAUAUGCCCUUCCUGCCGUCCACCAAUGUGGCUCGCGAUGUUUUGAUGGGGCGGGAUGAGCUGAUUGACUUUACCGACAUGUUCAACAAUGAUGAAAACUCGGAAUUCAUGCGACAGCCCCAUGCCGUGAUGGAGAAGACGCUCGGCAUUUUGUAAGCUAAGGGAGAAUGAUUAUUUUCUAAGGAAUGAGUUCAUAUUCGAUGAAUUUCAAGGUAAAUCUUAAAUUUGCAACGGAAU